AUGAUGUUGCUCAAGACUCCAGUUCUUGACAACCCGUUGACCCGUGCUGCAUUUGCUGAUGAGGGGGAUGUUUUUGGCGCUUUGAUCCACUACUGUGAAUUAAAGUGGAAAAUGCUCCUGACCCUUGAGUGGGGCUAUAUCAUACUGCUUGGAAAGAAUUCCCUUCGUCCGAAAAAUUUGAUUGCUUCUAUGAAAGUGGGGUAUAACCUCGACCGUGAUAACUUCAAUGAGGACCUAGGAUCAUUCACUUUUAGGAGAGAUAUUGCCCGACCAGUCGAUACUCGACCAGAAAAACCAGGUUUUCAAGAUGCGCGCCCUCUGAAGUACAAGACAUUAGAGGAAGAAUACCUUGAUGAGUUCAAACGCGCCCGGCGUCAGCGGAUGAACAUGAUGGUUGAAAGAUCCGGUACUAGAAAAUGCAAGAGAGGUGAUCCUGAUCCUACACUCACGACUGUUCGCACUAUCCUCGAGAUGCCGAUACCUGUUGAUAUCAGGCAACUGGAUGGAAACUGUAUCAAUGCCGACACGCAUCUGCAAGCGACUAACUGA